CCGGGCACAGCGCUCGGCAAGAAGAGCUGCCCUGCCCGCCCGCCCCACCGCGGCCUCUGUGCAGGACUGCCCAAGGGCCCGGCCGGGCGUGGUGAAGCGGAGCAGGUCCGGUCCCCGGCAGCCCAGGGACGCCCGCCCAGGCUCGGGCGAGGCGAGGCGAGGCUCGGGCGAGGCGAGGCGGCGGGGCGGGUCCGGCGCUGGGGCGGGCAGGAGGGAGGUGGUUGGGGCGGCGCGCACAGGCUCGCCCGCACCUGCUCCCUCCUCCGCCUCCUCCUCGCCCACCUGGCCGCGGCUCGGCCGUCCCCGCCGCGCUCGGCAGCAGCAGCCGCCGCGAUAGCAACAUGUUGCCCAGGGGAGCCUCGUCUAUGCCGCCACCUCCCAACCCCGCUGCCUACUUCCCGCCCCCCCGGGUUACUUUGCCCUCCGGCCUGGAGAUCCUGCGCACCUACUCGGGAGCCGUCAUCUUCCUGGAGAUCCUGUUCGGAACGAUAGUCUGGAUUUUGGUAGCUUCUACCAGAGUUCCACUGCCGCUGCUGCAGGGAUGGGUAAUGUUUGUAGCAGUGACUGCGUGGUUCCUGUCCAUUGUGUUCCUGUGCGUGUUCCUCUUUGGUUAUGCAAAUAGAAUUGCUGUCAACUGGAACCAGACGGAUUUUCUUUUCCAUGGGGCUACUUUUGUCUUUUAUUUUGGAGCUUUUCUACUGCAAGCAGCAACUACAUCUCUGCAUCACUUUCCCCGCAAAUUCAAUUCCACCACACAAGAGAAGAUUCUAUCUGAUCAUGAAUAUAACAUAAGCAUAGCAGCCUCGAUUUUUGCCUUUGCAACAGCUGUUUGUUACGGUUGCAGCACAGCCCUGGCAUUAAGGAGAUGGAGGCUAUAGCAGUUGAAGAGAGGUUAACACCUGAGUGUUCCACUUCAGAUCAAAUUAAGUGCUACUUGUCUGUUUUACUGUAAUCUAAUUCCAAAAAGACUUUUUUUUCUUAAAAUCUGUUUUAAAGUGCUGAAAUGCAAAUAACCUCUGAUCAGGAUUUCCUUAACAGAAAGCAAGUUUCCAUCUCUUCCCUUUCUAAUAUUUACUUUUAUUGUGUACUCAUUAGAAACAUACUCUUUCUAUGGUAGUAUAGAUUUCAGGGAUAAACAGAUGUGUUAUUAGUGGAGAACAGAAUUCUAGUGCUAAUUUAGAAGAGGAAGAAAAUGGAAACUAAAGAAACAUGUUAACUGCAUAGGCAGCUAAAAGGCUCCCCCUUUGUUAAGUCCUGGGAUUGGGCCUGAAGUGUUUUGCAGCACUACAGUGCGUUCCACACAGGCAGAGCCUUGAGGCUUCUUGUAGAGUCGUGGGUUUUCUGUGUGCUGCUCCGUGCGUGAUCGGAGCCCAAGCUGACUUUGAGUUACCAGCUUAGUAUAUAUAUUAUUAACUUCGAUGUACAGAGAAAAUAUUUUAAAUAUCCAUCCAGUGAAAUUUUUUGAUACUCUUUUAUAGCCAUAUCCAGCUAUGGUCAUCUGAUCCUGAAAGCUUACUGUAUUCCAUACUAGAUGGAAACUGUUUGGGACUGUCAGUCAGUAGUUCAUUAGUUUUAGGAAUUUAGCUUAAUCAGAUGUAUUUAUACUGCAAAACAAAACAGUGCAUUUGUGUUGUAUGUGUAUAUGCAUGGUAUAUUUUUGUUUAACAGGAAUAUUUGCACUGUUUUACUUUGGAGUACAGCUUUGGUUUUGUUACUUCAAGUGCUGCAUUUGUUACUUAUUAUAUGAAUCAGUAUCAUUUGAAUGGAAUGUUACCAAAUGGUGAAUAAUGUCUGACCUCAGUUCUUGCAGUGUGUUAUUUGUUGUGUUCUAAACCUGUAGUGUUGUAAAGGUGUUUUUAUUUGGACAGGUGCCUAUGCAACAACUUACUGAAAGCAUGGAAUGCAAAGCGCUCUGCCCAUUAUGGAGUUUGCUUUUAGCACGAAUGAAGUUUAAUUGAGCCUUUCUUGAAUAUACCAGUUGUAUAAUGACAUGCGAUAUUAUAUAUAGAAAGUUAAUAUAACGAAACUAAACGGUAGCAUUGCAGUCUGCUCCCUACUACUCAUGUCAUUUUGCAGAUGGUGAAACUUUUUUUUUAUAAUGCUAGUAAAUAAUUUUUGCUUUUGUGAGUAGUGCCAAAUUGAUAACCUGGGAGAAUAGAGGCUCCCUGUCAUUCGUAGAACAACUUGCUCACCACAUCUUGCCAGUGCACCUGAAUAUUCUGCAGAGCCCAGCAGCGGUUGGGUAAGGGAAGACAGGACUUUCUUCAUUCCCAGGCCUACUCAUUCUCCUUGAGCCAACAAGGGUGUCUGCUAUGAAGGUUACUUUAUGAAACUUGUUAGGUACAAGGAUCUCUGAGAGUCAGCCACCCUCAGGACUGUCCUGCAGUCCCUGCUGACAGGUUCUUAGGGAUGGCAUAGCAGUGAGUGGCAGCCCUUCUGACUACUGGAACCACUCGGUUGUCCUAAAUUCCUGCAAUUGGAUGGUUUUGUAUAUCUUGUUUUCUGAAAUCUUUAUCUUACAAAGAUUUUGUACUCUGGCUGAUUUUUUUUUUCCUAAUUCUCUACUUGCAUUGAAACUCAUUUUGUGAUUGUUUUACCUAGAGCCAUAUACUCUUAAAAAUACUUCAUAUUGCAUAAAAUACAUUUACACUGGAGUAUAUGGAAGAAAGUAUAUAACAAAGAUUUAUGCUAAGCAGCAUUAAAGUUACUUAAUAUAUUUAUGGCAGUAGUCUGGUUAUUAAUCCUGUGUUUGGAAAGUAUCAAAAAACUACCUUGUAACUUUAACUGCCCUGAGGCUAGACAUACAAAAUAUAGGCUAAGAUUUCUUGAGAAGGCACUGUUCCAUUGGUGCUAGUUUGGUAUAGCGGUUUGCCAUGUCCACAGCAUGAAUGUUAGCAAGGAAAAGAGUAAGGUCAGCUACAAUAACAUGGCAAAUGAGCCCUGAUCUUUGGUGUGGUUUCUCCUUCAUCCUGUAACCUGGAUGUGCACUGCACACCACAGACUCUGCAUGCCACAGCUAUGGUCUCUGCAACCAGCUGGGAUAAUGGGGGAAAGAUCUUAACUUUUUGCCUGUUUAAACCUACAGAGUAUGAAUCCCACACAUGGUGUCAAUUAAAAAGCAGUCCAAGUUUAGCUGGCGUUUCUGUCUAAUCUCUGAGCUCAAACCCGAGGUGUAAAGAUCAUGAUUGAUGGGUGCUAUUCAAGUCUCUUAAGCUACUUGUACAAGUCCAGAUAGCAGUGUGGUGAGCGUAGCAUGGAAACUGUUUGUAUAGCGAGGAAAGGCUGAACUUUCCCUCUUAAGUAUCAAAGACAAACAAAGGGCAGAGAAGGGAUAAAGGUAAAAACUACGGUAAUGAAGAAUGGCUUUCAUAGCUAAAAAGGAGUGAAAGAAUGGAAAUUUUCUGUUAGUAUGCAAGGAGUUCUGCUGUACUUUGAGGAAGGUCUAAGGAAGGACACACCAGAACAAGCAGUUGCAUUCUUUGAAAAAAAAAAAAAAAAAAGCCAGUAGUUAAUUUUGUAUUACUUUACACAGGGAGCUAAAAAGACAGGUGUGACUCAGAAAUGGUAUGUGCAUGCUGGGAUGUCUGUAUGCAAAUACUGAUAUGGGAAUAAACGUAAUCUGUGUGAUAAUUGUUGCAGGUGAUAAUGCAAACUGUUUCUAAUAAAUCUCACUCGUCCCUGUACAAAAAUUCCCCCAAGCCUAUGACCUUGAGGAGCACAAGCUUAAACCUCUCCAGAGCAUGGAAGGAGUAGGGGAGGGCAUAGGGACUUUCCUUCAAAGGGUGAGGAGAGAAGUAACAGUUUGUUGCUUAUUGCUAAAGAGAAAUGAAAGUGCGCAUUUUAGAAAGCUGAAUCUUUGUUAGAACUUGCUCGGAAAGUACACACGGCAAGUGCUGCACAGAGGUCCUGGCUCUGCUUCUGUCUCACUGAGUGCCUGGAAAUAACCCAGAGUGACCCAAGUCCUGCAGUGAUUAUUGAUGUGUCCAGGAUCAGCCUAUUUAGAUCCUCAUGAGUCCUCUGGCUGUGUAGGUGGGUCAUAACUCCUCAAGUGAGUAAAGUUAUGCUGCUGUAAAACACAGCUGUGAAAAGUGAGAGAAGCAGAACCAGUGAUCACACAAAUCUGUGCCCUUCAUAGAGAGUUAAAGAAAAACACUGGAAAAUCACUAGACCGGUGUUUUCUCUUUAGCUUCCAAAACCAGAAGACAAUGCUGACUCCUGUUGCACUUCCUCUAAUCAUGGUAUUUUUGCAUUUAUAGAAUCAUAGAAUUUGCUUUAUAACUUUAAAAACUGUUGACAUUCAUCAUUUUCCCAUCUGAAUUUGAAAAAAUACUGUUAAGAGAGUUAAAACUCUGAUAGCUCAUUUCUUCCAUUUUUAUUUAUAUCCUGUGAAAUUGGUCUCUGAGCAGCAGUGUCCCAAUGCAUUUCGUGCUCCAUUGCCAGGCUGUCCCAGUUGUACAGAAGGGCUUCCUGGGUCUUGUCUGUGGAUAAUGGUGAACCACGAGUUUUCAAACUGAGAUGCAGAGAGGUUGUUGCUCUUUUAAAUCUUUAAAAAAAACCCCAAACUUGAAAGUGAGAGCAUGUUGUAUUUCUUUUUUAGCUGCAUUUUGUACAAUUGCUCAUGACACAUUGCUCUUUGUUGAGACACAAAACUAUCAGAAGAAAAAACAAAUUUGAUGUAUUAAAAUCAGUAAACACCAA